GAAGUCGGGCUCCCGCCUGGAUGGGCGGUGGGGGGGGGGAGCCCCGCUCCUGUUGUUUUCCGCGAGCGGAGUGGGUGGCGGGGACAAGGGGCGGGGUGCGCCCUCCCACCCCGGGCCGGGCGCUCGGGAGAGAGAAUCGCACCGGGAGCCCCGCGCAGCUCGCCGCCCGUCAGACUCACCCGGCCCCCAGCAUCCCUCCCGGGGCCGCGGAAAGCGGAUCCACUCCGUCGGGCCGGGGACCGGGAGGAGCACUUGGUACCCCGGGGGCCCGAGCCCUGCGGGGCGCACACCCCGCCCAGCCAGCCCCUGCGUUUCCUGAGGGGCCCUGCCCGCAUCUGCGGCGAGAUGGCCGCACGGGCACCCGAGCCCCAGGUCCUCCUCUGCCUCGGGGCGCUGCUGGCCCGCUGGGUCGCCGCAGGAUUGGAGACUGUCGUCGUCGGAGAGGUUCAUGCGAACAUGACUCUGCGCUGUGGCAACAUCUCGGAAGCGAGGGGCCUAGUGACCUGGUACCGGAAUGACUCGGAGCCCGUCUUCCUCCUGUCCUCCAACUCCAGCCGCCCGCCGGCCAAGCCACGCUUCUCUCUGGUGAACGCCAGCUCCCUGCACAUCGAGGCACUGAGCCUGGAGGAUGAGGGCAACUACACCUGCUGGGAGGCCCUGAACGAGACUCGGUGGUUCCAAGUGUGGCUGCAGGUGGCCAGCGGCCCCUACCAGGUCGAAGCCAACAUCUCCAGCACCGGCGUGCUCCCCAAUGGCACCCUCUACGCCACCAAGGGCUCCCGGGUGGACUUCAGCUGUGCCAGCAGCUCCCGGCCUCCGCCCAUGAUUGAGUGGUGGUUCCGGGCCCCGGAUUCCAAGACCGAGCCCUUUGGGAACAACCUGACGGUCAGCAGCUUCACGCUGCUACAGAUGUCGCAGAACCUCCAGGGGAACUACACCUGCCUGGCCAAGAACCUGCUCAGUGGGAGACAGCGCAGCGUGACCACCGAGCUCCUGGUCUACGCUCCUCCCCCUUUGUCAGACCUUGAGUGCUGGGCAGAGAUGCUGCCAAGAUUGUUCGUGCUGCAGCUCACCUGCCGCUGGGAUGGGGGAUACCCACACCCUAACCUCCUGUGGACAGAAGAGCCAGGAGGUGUGGUUGUGGGGACGUCGAAGUUGGGAGUGGAGACGCUGAACCGGUCCCAGCUGUCGGAUGGCAAGAAGUUCAAGUGCGUUGGGAGCCACAUAGCAGGGCCGGCGUCGGGAGCCAGCUGUGUGGUCCAGAUCCGUGACCCCUCCCUUCUCUCGGAGCCCAUGAAGACGUGCUUCGUGGGGGGCAAUGUGACCUUCACCUGCCUGGUGUCCGGAGCCUACCCCUCUGCCAAGAUCCUGUGGCUGAGGAACCUCACCCAGCCCGAGGUGGCCAUCCAGCCCAGCAGCCACUAUCUCAUCACCCAGAAAGGCCAGAGCUCCACCCUGACCAUCCACAACUGCUCCCAGGACCUGGAUGAGGGCUACUACGUCUGCCGGGCUGAGAACCCCGUGGGGGUGAGGGAAGUGGCCAUCUGGCUGAGCGUGAAAGAACCUUUAAACAUCGUGGGAAUUGUGGGAACCAUCGUGAGCCUCCUCCUGCUGGGACUGGCCAUUAUCUCGGGGCUCAUGCUGUAUUACAGCCCUGUGUUCUGCUGGAAAUUAGGAAACACUAUCAGGGGACAAGACAUGGGUGACGUCAUGGUUCUGGUGGAUGAGGAAGAGGAGGUGGAGGAGGAAGACAAUGCUGCAGAAGAAGAGGAGGAGGAGGAGGAGGAGGAAGAGGAGGAAGCCAAUGAGAGGGAGGAGUUCCCAAUAGAAAUACACAAGCACAGCCACAUCCACAGGGUGACGGCCCUGGUGAACGGCAACAUAGACUGGAUGGCCAAUGGGCUCCCGCCUCUGCAAGACGACAGCAGUGAGCAGCAGAGUGAGCUGGUCCCCGAGGAAGACAGGCCAGUGUGAAGAAGAGAGCUGGCCUGCGUGAUCUGCCUGAAGCGCGGGGGAGCCUCAUGGAAGAUGAGCUUUUCCUUUUGCUUUGACUUGACUUGCACCCCUGCCCAAGGGCUUAAAAGGGGCGCGCACGCACACACACACACACACACACACACACACACACGUCUUUCCGUCCAUUUUUUUAAAAAGCUGGUUUGAUUUGCUGUAACUUUUCCUAAUGAUGCUAAAAAGCGUUGGGAACAGGCAGUGUGUUGGGGGAAGCUGCCUUUGGCAUCUGAGGUGCCCUUUCCGCUGUGACUUCUGGCUUUGUCCAGGUCGACUGAUGCUGAUUUGGGGGGAGCAGGAGUGGGAGGAGGCCCUUGGCCGCAGUGCCCUUUGCCACUCGUGAAGUCUGUAACCAGCUUCGCUCAGCACACAAGGGCAUGGCAAGGGGGGACAGGGACACUUCCUUGAUGACUGCCCAGCUGAGCCAAGGAGUCAGCUCACUGGAAAAAGUGAGGAGGUGUCAGCGACUGAUGCUGGUCAGAGGGAGGCAGUGUGGGCCAGGCUUUUGGAGUUGGAAACACCCAGGAUUGAGUCUGGGCACUUGUUUCAUGGGCUUGGGCAGGUGCUUUCCCUCUCCCCUGGGCCUCAAUGUCCUCAUCUGUAAAAUGGGUGGAAUCACACCUAUCUGACGGGUAUGGUGAGGACUCGGGGAUGUGAACGUGCCUAAGAGGUGCUCAAGAGAUGUUCGUUCUCUUCUCCCUUGCCUUCCCUGGUGGAAGGAAAACAUGACUGUAAGUUGGGAGCUCCUGCCUGGACCCGCCACUCUUCUUUGUGGAGUGGUUCCGGGCGAGGGCCUUCUCAGAGCUCUCCUGACGAUGUUUGUUUUGCUUCCCCAGAAAUAGAAUUAUUUUCAAGAGUUAGGGCCCCUAAGAGAAAGUGCCUUUCAUUAGAACCUCACAUUUUGCAAAGCUUUGUGUUUAUACAAGAGCCUCUGACAUGACGCUGUUAGCUUUCGGCCUUUCCCCUGGGACGUGCGAGAAGGCAGGAGAAGUGCUUUGUGAGGGAGUACCUGGUGGGAGGUACUCCUUGGGCAGACCAGCCCAUCCGGCCGGGGAUGGAGAGCUUGUUUCCGUCUUCUCUUUAACGAUGUUAUGAAGAUACACUGACCAACGAUGCUAAGUUUCUAAUGAAACUAUCGUAUGAUGGGUUUAAGCUGCUGAUGCCUUCGGUAGAACCUGUAUAGUUUAGAGAUAUCCCCCGCCUCCCCCCACCCCCUGAUUUCACUCAAAUCUCUUUUCAGUGUCAGGGGCCUUAUAAAGGUGCAAAGGGUGUGUGCUAAGUGUGAAAAUCUGACUUGAAUUUGCAUUCUUUAAUGUUGCACAUUCUGCUCUGAUGGGCAAGACCUAGAGCUUAAAGGAGAACUUCCCUUCUGCAGUAACGGACUGGGACUGGUAAAAUGAGACACCAGUUACCCGCAGGUGUGCUGGGGGUUGGUCUAUUUUCCUGAAGGGACUAAACUAAGCAAGUCCCUAAAAGGGAGCCCCGUCCCGAGCUCAGAACACGGGAGCCCAGGAGCUGGCUGCACAUGUGCACCCCUCAGGAAGAGCCGUGACCUCUGCAGUCGCGUUGGGCUGGGUCCUUUGCUGGUGGUACCUCGUGUAUGUCACCACCCUACCCAGUCCAAGUCGGUGUCAUUUACAGAGCAGGAUACCAGACAGGUUGCUUCUGCAGUUACUGAACACAGAGCUAGACUCUUCAGAAUCUUCGAUGAAUCCCAUUUCUGACUCUAAGUGUCUACUAUGCAGAGGCAACAAUACUUUUUAAAAAGAAAAGCAACUGCAGGAAAAAUUCCCUAGCUGGGAACACGGGGUGAUUUUCAAGAUCACUGAGGUGUUUCUGCAAGUUCCUCUUCUCUUGCACACGUACCUGGAAGGUAGCAAAUCUUCGAGGCAGAGUUUUUCCGCUAGCAAAUGGGAGCUUCAAGAUCUUGGUGCCAAACACUAGAAACCCUUGACUAACUGAGCGGUGACUGCUCACUUCUAGCUGAGCCCUGUGUGCACAUUAAUAUGGCUGGGUCAGUUAAGAACCCAGGUCCUGGGGGAUCGUCAAGUUUUAAGGAUUUUUAAAGAAUUGGGGCUUUUUUUUUUCUUUUAAGAUGACCCAUCCCCAAUUGAGCAGGUCACUAGAAGUCAGUGGCCCAUGGACAAGCCUGUUGACAAUGGUUACAGACGCUGUGUGGUCACAUCACCCUGUACGUGCAUUCUUAUCUGCAUGUGUUGUAAACUCAGACACCAGAUCUUAUCGGAACCAGGAAGAUAAACAUUUCAGGGCUAUCACAACUGACACUUCUUUUUCUCAGAACCUGGUGGACAUUGGGGAAUGGACUCCUGCAAUGUUGUGGCUUUGAUAUUAGCUCCAGUUCUCACAAGCACAUACAGGCCCUAUUCCUGCAGCAGGAAAGCACAUGAUGGAAAUUUUCCACAGCCCAUGCACUGACACCUGGGAAAGCCUCCUUGCUGGGUAACAGUUAUGAUGAUGCAAUAAGUGCCAACCGGUAUUUCUCACCAUGGGGCUGGCCGGGAUCUGCUGCAAAGAAAAAUAAGCAGAUCUUCUGCAUUAUUUACAUUUUAAUAUUUGAUGCGGGGAGGUGGGUUGGGAGAAAUUCAUUCUGAGAUUAUAAUGGAUUUUUUUAAAGAUUAUGGAAUAAAGUUAUUUUUAAAUAAAA